AUGAGGGUAGACGACAGGGACCUAAUGUCAUAUACUACAUACCGACGAUCUUCGCCACCAUACUCAGCGCUACGAAAGCGCGCACAACUUACCUGGCUUACAAUGAGAAUUACCGCAGUACCCAAGCUAUUGCAUGCGAUCGUCAUCAUCUGCGUCUUAUUUUUCAUAUUUGCUAGCUUAUUCAUUUUUGGCGGAACUCCAACUGAAUCGCCACCAGUCCCACACGAUCCCGAACUAGGUGAAUACGCCGAGGCUCUAUCUGGUAAUGUAAUGUUUGUAAUUGAUAGUAAAACCCAGGCAAUCGCAUGGCAACCUUUGCUUUGUCGAAUAGCUUCUUGGGCGGAUAUCUCCGUACAUGUAUUGAUCAGUGGAGUCAAAAGAGACGCCAGCAAGGAAGAGAUUGGCUCGAUUAUGCGUAAAAAGACGAAUGGUUGUUCGGUUAAUUUGUACGAUAUGCAUAUUGACGAUGGGAAAUCAUAUUCGUGGUCUGAGGAGAACAAAAUUGAUGUAAUGAUGCAGACAUCACAGGCUGUUGGGAAACUAAUGAAGAAAGCAAAUCCCGCCGUCGUAUUUAUUACGAAAGAUGAGGAUAAUUACGUUAUGAGAGGUGUAAGUGCUGCUUUAAGUGGAUUUGAUCGGAUUACAGCAAUUGCGAUCCCAUUACCCGAUGUGAAGCAUUCUUUGUGGAUUGGCGACUUGUCGUUGGGUAUAUUACAAUAUUGGAAGAGACCUCGAAUACAAUUGCAAGUUAUAACACAGAACAGAAUCGAUUCAUUCUCCCGUUUAAUGCGAUCCUUAAAAUCAGCUUUUUAUUUCGGAGACGAGGUAUCUUUAACUAUAAACAUGGAUCGCAAGGCAGACCAAGAAACGAUGGAAUUUUGCCGCAAGUUCAGAUGGCAACACGGCCCAUUCUCCGUUAGAAAUCGUGUUGUACAGGGCGGUUUGUUAGCUGCUGUAAUCGAAUCUUAUUAUCCAUCCGAUAACCACGAGUACGGAAUUCCACUAGAAGAUGAUGUCGAAGUGUCACCGUUCUUUUAUAUGUGGACUAAAUAUACACUUCUUAAGUACAGAUAUGGGCCUGGCAGGAGUUCGUCCCGUCGUCUGUAUGGCAUUAGUUUAUAUGGUCCAAAGGCAAGCGAACUUCAUUGGAACGGACGUCGUCCAUUUGACCCCGAAGCUGUGCUUCAGCAUACUAGUUAUCCUAGGCGAUCGCCAUAUCUUUCUCAAGUGCCUUGUAGUUGGGGUGCAGCUUAUUUCCCUGAAGUAUGGCGCGAGUUUCAUCAAUAUUUGAAGCAUAGGGUGGAUGAUGUCAAUGGUUAUAAUCUGCAGAACAUCACUGUACCUGGUAGUCGAUCCGUCAGAUGGAGAAACUCGUGGAAGCGAUUCUUUAUUGAAUUAGUAUAUCUCCGUGGAUAUGUUAUGCUAUACCCAAACUUCAAGAAUUUCACCAGUCUGUCAACAAAUCAUGCCGAGUCUGGCGAACAUAUGCAUCCGGAGCGGAAAAAGACACCACCUUCUCUAGUGUUUACAGUGCCACUUAUGGAUAACAACUCUAUUUUAGAGGAAUUACCUAAUGGUCAUUUGCCAGAAUAUGCUGAACUGCCAGUGUUAGAUCUGUGGGGAAAUGUGGUGGGCCAUGAUGAACUUAUUCAUCGAGGACGAAAUUUGCAGAGGGAGGUGUCCGAAUGUCCACCUAAGGAUGAUUUUACGUAUGAUCCAAAAGAUCUACUAUGCGUAAGCGAAGAACGAAAGGCUGCUGCUAGUAUUCUAGCUCUAAACGCCACAACGAAAGGGGCGAUUACUGCAAGAACUAGUUCUUCUCCCAGCUCGACACAAUCUGAUGCGCAGAUCACUUUUACUGAGGCUGCAUAUCAGCAUCCUACCCCAACAACGUCUCUUCCUGUAAAGGAUAUCAUCGAAGAGACUCUACCGGAAGUCGCCGACGAUGACCAUCUGGUUGAGCCAGAUAUUGACGACGCUAACGUUGACGAUCAAGUUGAUGCGAUGGGUCAGUUUGACAUCGACGAUCAAGAACCGGAAGAAGUUCCUUUCUUUCUUGGGGAAUAA